ACCUCACAUAUAUAGCUCUUCUACCUAUGCAUCUUCUUAACCUUGCUCUCUCUACUAAUUAAUGUUUCUGCAUGUUAAAAGAGGACAAUUAUUCUUUUUAUUCAUUUCAACUUAUAACAAGUGAAUUUUCUAUUCUAGCUUUAAACCAACUUGGGGGUAUCACCAAUUCACCAUGCCUCAAGUAAAAUGGCGGGGUAAGGGUUCGUAUCUCAACCAGUUUGAGUUCAUGGAAGCAACUCACAAACGCUCCAACAGUGAUCCGCUUCAGAAGAAAGUCAAGAAGAACAAGCUAAACACAAUCUUUGAAGCUUCUAAUCCCCAUAAGGAAGUGGAACAAAUGAAGGGCCAUGUUGAAGCUCAGAAGAUUGAAACUUCAAAUAAUGAGGUUCACAACUCGUUGAAACAAGAGAUUCUGCGACUUGAAGAACGAUUGCAGGACCAGUUUGUGGUUCGGAGUACAUUGGAGAAGGCAUUAAGCCAUAAGCCUUUUACCUAUGAUGCAGCAGUAGAAAAUUUAAUCCCCAAAGCUGCCAAGGAACUUAUCAAGGAUAUUGCAGUUUUAGAACUGGAAGUUGCCUACUUGGAGAAAUAUCUUCUCUCAUUGUACCGUCAAAAAUUUGAUAAAACAUUCUUGUCUUUAAAGUCCAUAGAUGAAAAUUUGAAACCGACCUCAAUGGCACAUAAAGAAAUGUUUCAAGAGGUUCAGACACAUGACUUCAUGUCUGGUGAUCUGGUCUCCACUCGAAAUUCAAUCGGAAAUCCUCCAAAGGAAUGCGACGAUGUUUGGGGAGCUGAGAAACUGUUAGAUUCAAGCAUUUAUCGGAGUCAUUCUUCGCUCUCCCAACGAUCGGCAUAUUCAGUUAAUUCUCCACAACGAGCUGUGGCUAGAGCUGAAGAACUAUACCAUUCUCUGCCUUUGUCCAUGUUGGAGCAAGCUCAGAUGGAUACUUCAAAUGGAUUCAGCUUGGCAGAGCAUUUAGGAACCAGUAUUAACGAUCAUGUGACUGAAACAUCAAACUGGCUCUCUGAGGAGAUGGUUAAGAGCAUUUCAGCCAUAUAUUGUGAACUUGCAGACCCACCUUUGAUAAACCAUGAUUACUUGCCUUCUCCUAUUUCACAUUCAUCCCCUGUUGAUGUUGUUACUUCAGAAGGUCAAGGUGAUACUAAUAUGUGGAGCCCAAAGUGUGGGAAAUUUUCAUCCUUCAACUCACAUUUUGACAACCCUUUCAGCAUUGGGGAACCUAAGGAUUUCAGUGGACCUUACUGCACAAUGGUGAAGGUCCAAUGGAUCCAUAGAGAUAGUAAGAAGUUACAGGAUAUUGAACAUAAGCUCCAAUAUUAUAGGUCACUUGUCUACCAGCUAGAAGAUGUUGAUGUUAGAAGGAUGAAACAUGAAGAGAAGCUAGCUUUCUGGAUUAAUGUGCACAAUUCUCUGGUGAUGCAUGCGUUUCUGAUUUACGGCAUUCCAAAAAACAAUCUGAAGAGAUUGUCCUUAUUACUCAAGGCUGCCUAUGAUGUUGGGGGGCAGACCAUAAACAUAGACACAAUACAGAGUUCUAUUCUAGGAUGCCGAUUGCCUCGUCCUGGACAGUGGCUUCGGUUUUUGUUUCCUUCAAAGACCAAAUUUAAGGUCAGAGAUCCUCGAAGAGCUUACGCAAUCGAAUCACCGGAACCUCUUCUGUAUUUUGCACUUUCUUCAGGAAGUUAUUCGGACCCUGCGGUACGUAUAUAUACACCCAAGGGAGUGUUCCAGGAACUGGAAGUUGCAAAAAUGGAGUACAUCCAGGCAAAUUGGAGUGUGAACAAAGAAGAGAAAAUUCUAUUACCAAAACUUAUGGAGUAUUUUGCAAAAGAUUCAAAUGUUGGCCCAGCUGGUUUGUUGCAGAUGGUAGAGCAAUUAAUGCCUGAUUCAGUGAGGAAGAAUCUUCAGCCGAGUUGCAAGAGGAAAACUGGGAAAAGCAUUGAGUGGAUCUCCCACAACUUUGCAUUUCGAUAUCUAUUUUCAAAAGAAUUACUCCACUGAUUUGAUAUCUGGGAAAAGCAUUGAGUGUAGAAGGUGGGAUUUUGGAAUGACAGAUGAAUCAUAACAGCAACUUUCUCAAACCCCCCCUUGGCUCCAAUCUUCAGUUCAGUUUGGUUUAUGCAAUAGAGAAUGAGGAUCAAAUGAGCUGAAGAAACAAUCUCCAUUCACAAGGUUGUGAUUUGGCUGUCAUUCCUAAUUGUGUUUCAAGUUCUUGUAUGCACCUAAAUGCUAGAGAAUUGAUUGUGUAUAAUAUUAUAUUGCAACUGAAAACAUCAUCAUAGUUUUUAUGAUUAGAUACAAGUGUUUUCAUCU